AUGGAAAACUUUUCCUCCAAACCAACAAUCGUAAUCCUCCUCCUCCUCACCACCGUCAGCACCGCCGACUUAACUUCCAAAGAACUAGACGCAGCCAUCUUAGUCCUUCAAUCAAGAGGCUACACUCUCUUCCCCAACGCCAUCUCCACAUCGGAUCUCCAAGUCCGCCUCCUCUCAUCCCAAAACUCUUCCAUAUUCACUCUUUUUGCACCCCCGGACUCCCUCCUCUUCUCCCUCGACCUCCUCUCCUCCGCCCGCCUUUACACUUUCUCUCUCUUUCUCCACGUCUCCCCACAUUUCCUCUCCUCCUCAGACCUCCUCGCCCUCCCUCGCCCCGCCUUCAUCGACACCCUCCUCCCUAACCGUCGACUCUUCGUAGAACAUGCUAUGUCUACCCGCAACGGCACAGCCUUGCUAACUGUUUCCGUCGACGGGGUUGUCGUCUCCGUCCCGGAUCUUUUCCUUGGAUCCAACAUUGUUGUCCACGGGCUUGAUGGGAUUCUUGUUGCAAGAUACGGGUCCUUGGUUAGUGAAGGUAGUGACAAUGCUAUUGCUGAGCCACCCAAGUUCCCCUAUCAAACCUAUGUUUCACCGGCCAACCCACCGGAGACUUUGCCCCCUACGGGCCUGGAGAUGGCCACAAUCGGAACGCAAAUCAAGAAAGAUAGGGAGGCUUUCCGUCGUGAUGAUGACCAUGCCACUACUAAGAGAACUAAACACGGUACAUUUUUCCGGUUUGAACGCGUUUACUGAUUGGAUUUGGAUACCGAUCAAACUACGUCAUUUCAUUUCUUUGAUACCAAGGAUAAUUCUUUUUCUUUUCUUUCAUAAUUCUGCUGAAUCCUUGAUGCUU